CGCCCCAGUAUCGCCGUCUGCCAAACCCGGAGCGCGAUCCACCCACUUCAGUAGCUCUUCGAGGUGAAAAUGGCUGGUGUUACGGGGGCGCUCCGAAGGUUACUGAAACCCUCGGGUACUUGGACCCGUGCCACCUUAUGGAGGACAGGCGCAGUUGCCGGAAGGUGUUUAUCAACUGUUGCGAGCGGACGGAAGUGUACGGCUGACGCGACGCCGCCCGUCCCUCGAUUCCAUUUCAGUACUAGUGCCUCAAGGUUUGUUCCUGCCGUCACUCAACAUGCUCCGUAUUUUAAGGGGACAGCUGUGGUGGAUGGAGAUUUCAAAGAGCUCAGCUUAGAUGACUUUAAAGGGAAAUACCUGGUUCUUUUCUUCUACCCCUUGGAUUUCACUUUUGUAUGCCCAACAGAAAUUAUUGCUUUUAGCGACAAAGCAAAUGAAUUCCAUGAUGUGAAUUGUGAAGUACUUGCUGUAUCAGUGGACUCUCACUUCUGUCAUCUGGCCUGGAUAAAUACGCCACGAAAGAGUGGUGGUUUGGGCCAUAUGAAUAUCCCCCUUCUAUCAGAUUUAACAAAACAGAUCUCCCGAGAUUAUGGUGUUCUCAUAGAAGGCUCUGGGCUAGCAUUAAGGGGGCUUUUUAUCAUUGAUCCUAAUGGAAUCAUCAAGCAUUUAAGUGUUAAUGAUCUCCCAGUUGGUCGCAGUGUAGAAGAAACACUUCGCUUGGUGAAAGCAUUCCAGUAUGUAGAAAUGCAUGGAGAAGUCUGCCCAGCAAACUGGACUCCAGACUCCCCCACGAUUAAGCCAAACCCAGAAGCCUCAAAGGAAUAUUUUGCAAAAGUAAAUAAAUAGAAUGAUGAGCAAUACAGAUUAGUGAUUAAAUCUACUUCCUGAAGCCAGAAUCAAACAUCCUGUGAGACUAACCAUGAUUACAAUAAAAACCACAGAAUAUUUUCUACUUUGCUGUGAUGAAUGUCUAAGUGUUCACAGGGUUUUAGCUCUUCCAUAGGAGGUGAAUGAAUCUAAUCCCAAACUAGUUUAAACAGCACACACUUCCUGCACAUAAUACUAGAAAAUAAUUCUUUUUAAAAACCUUGAUUGCUUGAAAUAAAAAUAAUAUCUGGAUUCUA